UAUACUCAGCCAUUGGAUCAGAAAAUCUCAAAGAGCUGACAACAAGAGACAUCAAAACAUCAGAGAAGAGCAAGAAGUUUAAGCUAAAACCUCUUAAGAUGAAGACACUGACAGCUGCAGUUACAGUGGCCAUUGUGGUCACAUUCAUGUGUAUUCUGAGGAGCUCUGCUGUCCCUGUUGUUGAAGAGCAAAUGCUGGUGGAGCUAAUGAACACUGACAAUCCAGCUGCAGAACCUGAAGAGAUAUCAGUGAACUCGUGGAAGAUGCUGCACAAUGGAAGACAAAAGCGUGGUAUCUUUUGCGGCAGGUGCUGUAAUGGCAAAGUCUGCUGGAGGUGCUGCUAUGCCUAACUUGAUAUGUUUUUACUCCUUUUAUCAGCUGGCAACUUUGAAAUUUAAAAGAAAAAUGCAGCUGUUUUUUCCUGUGCUAUGUUCUAUGCACAACUGUGUAACAUGAAUAGUUUGCAAAAAAUAAAUGCAUGAACAAUAAAAUGUCGCAUUACUAUAAUACA